AUGGCAAUCUGGGAAAUAUUUCGAUGGGUAGUGGUUAUUCGAAGUAUUAAUAGCAAUCUUAGUAGAACAUCUUCUUCCAAUGAAGUAUGGGUAAAACAAGUGUUAUCUUUACGCAUUAUUCAUCCCAAUGGAACGGUCAAUGAAAUAGACAAAUACCUAGAGAUUCAAGAAUUUAACUGGCACAUUACUAAAAGUUCAACUGAUGAUUCAUUCAAUCUUGAAGAGUUACAAGGAGGAAAUAUUACAUUUCCCCAAAGUAGAACUUCUUCAGUAUAUAAUACCAUAGCUACUGUUGACGAGUGUUAUAACAUAAUUACGGCCGAAAAAUCUUUUGGUUAUUUCAAAUAUUGGAGUUGGACAAAUUGUAUCCUUGAAGUCAUACAGAACAAUGUCACUAGUUUUAUGAAACUUGAUUUCUUCUCAUCUGACUCUGUUACAACCACAUCAAGACCCUUAUCCGAAUUACCCUCAAAUACUACUACAGGAUGGUUAGUAGAAAGUAUUCCUUAUGGUGGUUAUUUAUUCUAUGUUUUCUUACCAUCAAGAUUCCCUAACUACUCAGGAAGUUUGGAUAAGGGUUAUUCAAAUCGUCUAGUAGAUUCUACAAGUCCCUCUAUUAAUGCUAACAUUUCAACUUUAAUGGAUAUGGAUUCAAGUGAAGAAGCUUUUGCAGGUAAAAUUUCAGUGCAAUUGCGACUAAGUUCAAAUAAGAAAACCAUCGCUAUUAAACCUAAUUCUCAAAUAUUCAUUCAACUUAGAAUUCAAUCAUCCAGAAAUGAAGAAUUUGGAUUUAAACAAAGUCGUGAAAAACUUAUGGGAAGAACGCAAGUUGGAAUUGAGGUUGCUAUAUUAACACUUGGAAUUUUAACGUUUCUUUUCUUAUCAGCACGUACAAGAGAAAGAAAAGGUCGCAACAUAGCUGUUUUACGUAACAUAGCUGUUUUACAGUCUUCAAAUUCUUCUUUAUUAAUAUGA